AAUAUGAAAUAGUAAAAAUAUUAUAUACCCGAAACCUUAAAAUUAUAACAGUAUUUGGCAUAGAAAAUGAUCUGAAUUACAUUCGUGUUUUAGGAAUUCCAUUUUCUUCGCUGUCGUGACAUAAAUUGCGAGCCUUACAUAUGGCUGCGCCCAUGUUGAUCAGCUGUCCAUUGCGACCUAAGAAACCUAUAAAGUGUUGAAGGGGCGCGAUCUGUAACGUGACAUUUGAACAGAGUACUAAAUCAUGGCAUCAGUCUGUCCCAUGAUCCGUAAUGACCUCCUCCAGCACAUCGACAACAUACCCGAGAGGAGACAAGAAGUUAGGGUCACAAUAGAUCACCUAGAUGAUAUGCCAAGCUAUGAGGAGUUCUUCCUGCAGUACCUGUUGCCGAAUCGCCCAUGUGUGAUGUCAGCCAAGUGUACCGAGGGAUGGCGGAGCCGGAGGGAGUGGGUCCAGCAGGGGAGGCCCCACCUAGACUUCUUCAUCAGCCAUUUUGGCUCUGCAACAGUUCCUGUGGCAGACUGUAGCCAGGAGAAGUUCUCCUCACACCCGAAGGAGGAGAUGUCAUUGAAGGAUUACUUCAAGUACUGGAAGGAACAAACAGCGUCACCUGGCGCGAAGUGUUUGUACCUGAAAGACUGGCACUUCAACAGGGAAUUCCCUGAAUACAAAGCUUACACCACUCCUGUAUAUUUUCGGUCAGACUGGCUCAAUGAAUUCUGGGACACUCGUACAGAUGAGAGGGAUGACUAUCAGUUUGUCUACAUUGGUCCCAAGGGAUCCUGGACCCCACUCCACGCUGACGUGUUCCGGUCAUACAGCUGGUCAGCUAACAUCUGUGGACGGAAGAAGUGGAUCUUCUUUCCACCAGGAGAAGAAAAGUGCCUGACUGAUGUGUUUGGUCAGCUGGUGUAUGAUGUCACAUCCAGCGAGCUUGCUGACCAGUCUAUCGCGUAUUUAUCGCGUACAUGGGUACAAUGUUUGAAGCCCAUUUCCGACACUAUUUCCAUCAACCACAACUGGCUGAACGGAUGUAACAUGGACAUUUGCUGGGCACACAUCCAGCAGUGUCUCCGAGAUGAACAGAAGGAGAUUGCCGAUUGUCGCGACAUGGACGGAUGGCAAGAGCAGUGUCAGUUGAUCCUGAAGGCCAGCAGCGGCAUAAACUACAUCGAGUUCCUCUCCUUCCUCACCACCAUCGCCCAGCAUCGGCUCCACGCUCUCUCCAGGCUCCAUGUGGCUCCAACACCUGUCAGUGAAACUGAGUCAUUAUGUACAGAACAAAGAAACUGUGAUACAAAUUUGACCACAAGUGUGAUAAAUUCUGCUGAUAAAGCAACUAAUUCUGUGAUAAAUUCUGCUGAUCUAGCAACUAAUUCUGUGAUAAAUUCUGCUGAUCUAGCAACUAAUUCUGUGAUAAAUUCUGCUGAUCUAGCAACUAAUUCUGUGAUAAAUUCUGCUGAUCUAGCAACUAAUUCUGUGAUAAAUUCUGCUGAUCUAGCAACUAAUUCUGUGAUAAAUCCUGCUGAUCUAGGAACUGAUUCUGUGAUAAAUUCUGCUGAUCAAAUUCUGCUGAUCUAG